AUGUGUGCGUGCGGUGGAAGGCUGAAGGCUGUGCAGGUAUGCAUGAAGGCGGUUAGCACUAUGGCAAUCCCGCCAUCCUUACGCACCCCAGAGCGUCAUCGCCCCUUCCCAUUGCAUUUCGUGCAUCCCCUCUCGUGUUUGAGUGACAACCUUUUCCCCCUCCCAACCCACACCGUGCCACACCACCUCCACAUCCCGCUCGCAUUUCUUGUCUCACUCCCGCCCCAGAAGAGCGCACAUCUAAAAAAGCCUACAGGGACACGCUCUGUGGGUGGUGGUGGAUUUCCGUCGACACACUGCGCAAUGCCAGCGAAGAGCCAGUUCCUCAAGGGCCUGGAGGACAAGCCACACCACGUCACAAUCCCUCUGGAGGACUGGCAUCAUCUAACGUUCCAAAAGUGCCUGUCCUUCACGCGGCUCUACGGCGUUUCUGGAAGGAGAAUUUAUGCACAAACUAAGAGUGGCAACAUGGAGAACCGGACGUUUCGCAUCAUCCACGUCGUCCCACGCUUUGUGUCGGAAGCGGAACUGCUAGACAGAGAGAAGCUGCCCCUCAUUGCAAAGGAACGCAACCUCGAGUACGCCCGUGUCUGUGACGCCCUCUAUGCACUGCAACGUAGACAUGCACAGACUCACAGCAAAGCUGUGAGCCGUGUGCCACCUGCUCAGACACUGGACAUAGGCGGCGCACUUGCAGAGGUGCUCGCCCUACGCACGACGCCGUGCUUUGGCCUGCACCUUCUCGUCACCGUUCAAAGUGAAAAUACUGAGCAACAGAGCGCGUCGCCGGCGCUCAGAGAUGUGGCGGCGCGCGCACACCUGAAGCGGCUACCGCUGCCCGUCCUACAUCGCUUUAUUUCUGAGCUCGCCGCGGUACGCGCGGCAUGGGAGCGAGACCUUCUUGCACCCAGUGCGGCAGCCGCUAUCCAGGAGCAAGCCCUGUUGGGAAGAGAGGUCAUCAAUGCGCUUCUCUAUCACAUUUGCCUCUGGCAGCGCCGCUACCCCCUGGAGCUCUUGUCCGCCGUUCUCUCCUUCUACGACGACCAAAGGAAGCCUUUCUCCCCCGCCACUCCAGCGAGCCGCUUAACACCAGCUCACCUCGAAUCCUUACUGGAGGAAGCGCACCGCCUGUACUACCCAGACUUGAGCGACGUGCCGGGCUUAAUCCGCUGCGACGUUUUCAUGACCUACCCCCAUAUGCCGCUGGAGGAACAGCGGCAGCUGAUGCGCAAGAUCGCCGCGGCUGUCGCUCACCGUGAGGCCGCUGGCAGCCUGCGACACCAAAGUACCAGCAUGGGCGCCGAAGAGGACUGUGCCACCGACAACUUGUUUGGACACUCUCGCACUCCUCCCGACCCACAACUUCUUCUUCGCUCCUUCGUGGUGGACGGUGCUACGGUCAUACCGGAGCGCUUCUGCACUGAUAUGUCCACGGAGAAGUACCACACAAUGCGAGAUGCCUUUGAGCUCCACAAACAUGACGGUGUGCGUCGCUUGGCUGCGCAGGACUACGGCAGGACGUCGACCAACCUUACCUCGCUUCCUCCUCCCCAGCCGGCAGCAUCGCCGAUGGGGUGCCGUCAUAGCUAA